AUGGAAAGGAGCACGAAAAACCAUUUUGUUCUUGUUCAUGGGAUUUGCCAUGGUGGUUGGAGCUGGUGCAAACUUGUUACAUUGUUAAAAUUGGCAGGUCAUCAAGUCACUGCAUUGGACCUUGGUGCAUGUGGAGUUCAUCCCAAAAGGAUUGAAGAGAUUGCUUCAAUGUCUGAUUAUGUGAAGCCAUUGAUGGAUUUCAUGGCCUCCCUACCUGAUGAAGAAAGGUUUGCGUUGGUUGGCCACAGUUAUGGUUGCCUAUGCAUUUCUCUCGCCAUGCAGAGUUUUCCUCAAAAGAUUUCAGCGGCUGUUUUUGCUUCAGCAUCUUUGGCCCAUUUCAAAGAACCGCCUGUAGUUUUCAUUCAAGAGGUGGUCAAUGAGAACUAUUUCAAGAGAAUACCAAUGGAGGCUGUUAUGGACGGCUAG